AUGUCACGUUUUGUACGCCCGUCCAAGUAUAGGCAUGUUUUUGGCCAAUCUGCAAAGAAGGAAUGGUGCAUUGAGAAUGUCAAAGUCUCGAAUAGCGCCUGGGACACUAAUCUGAUCAGUGCCUCUGCGUCAUACGUUGCACUUAACUGGAACUCGUCUGGAGGAGGUGUAUUCGCUAUUCUGCCAGUCGCAUCUCCAUUCCGCCCAUUGCCCCAUAACUUCCCAUGUAAACUCCCGGGCAUCAUCCCACUCGCUCGUGGUCAUUCUGCCCCUGUACUCGACACCGACUGGUCGCCUUUCAACGACUCUGUUGUGGCUAGUGGUGGCGAAGACGGACGUGUGCUUAUCUGGAAAGUCGAAGAGUCCCAGUUCGAGAACUGGGGAGCCGAGAAAUGGCGGCCACGCGACUUUGAUCCUGUCGCGACAAUUACUGGCUCGGGCCGUAAAGUCGGCCAGGUCUUGUUCCACCCGACUGCUGAGAACGUUCUUGCGAGCUCGACUGUCGGCGAUGGGACCGUCAGGCUCUGGGACCUGGCCGACACGAACGAAGCCAAGAUUGCGCUCACGGGACAUACCGAUACGAUUCAGUCGCUGACCUGGAACCCGACUGGAACACUCUUGGCCACCACCUGUCGCGACCGCAAGAUUCGGCUGUUUGACCCUCGUGCUGGCAGUGAGGCGGUACGGAUUGGCGACGGCCAUGCAGGUAUCAAGGGUGCGCGCGUUGUGUGGUUGGGCGGACAUGAUCGUAUUGCGACGACUGGGUUCAGCAAGAUAAGUGGGCGCCAGCUUGCUCUUUGGGAUACUAGCUCGUUGGCGAAUAUCAAGACGGUGUCGAUUGAUCAGUCGUCUGGUGUGAUCAUGCCGUUCUGGAGCGACAACAACGUUCUGUUCCUGGCUGGCAAGGGAGACGGUAACAUCCGGUCGUACGAGUACGAGAACGACAACCUAUACGAGCUGUCGGAGUACAAGUCGAUUGACCCUCAGCGAGGAAUGUGCUUCCUUCCUCGACGUGCGCUUAGCGUGUCGGACUGCGAAAUCAUGCGUGUGUACAAGGUGUACGGGUCGACGAUCGAGCCGAUCGGGUUUGUGGUUCCGCGCAAGUCGGAUCAAUUCCAAUCCGACAUCUUCCCGCCUGCACCAUCGAGCGAACCAGCGCUUACUGCAGCUGAAUGGUUCGCGGGUAAGACUGCACCGCAAAACCUGGUCGAUCUGGACACUGGGGCGGUUAGUGCGGCAUCUUUCUCUGUUCCGGCUAUAUUUGCGCCGCAACCGACUCCCGCUGCCGCAGCUCCACCCCCGGCGGCUACACCGAACCCGGUUGACCCUGCUUCGAUUCCUCUCCCGCCUACACCUGCGACGGCUCAAACGCCGGUCCCGACCGAGGUAGCUUCUCCAUCAAAUGAGGCGAACAGCAUACUGGCUGAAGAAAAUGCCCGCCUGGCGAGCGAGCUACGCGAGGCUCGCGCUCGAAUCGUUGGCCUCGAACUGGGGGUCGUCCAGCCUCCUCCCAGGAAUCCUCCUCAGCCUCUCGGACCGGAAAUUAAGACGGUUGGGACUGGUUCGUCUCGUAUUGUGCAUGGUCGGCCGACGACGAUCCCGAUGCCCGGGCGAGCUUUAUUGCAUGAUGGAAAGGCUCUGGCUUAUCCUGCUCAGUAUGAAUGCAAUCAAUGUCACCUUACUGGUUAUGUAGCCUAUGAUCCAUCCAAUCCGUGCCGCGAAUGUUGGUCGCUGUUUGCUCAGCCUUACAAAGAAGUACUGAGCUUUGCACCCUGGGACUCUCCUGAGUCUGUUACUUCGGAUGAACAAAACCUCCAACGACCACUUCCAUUGUCUAGUUCUCUCCGGCCCCAGCCGAGGCCUCAACCACCCUCGGCGAGUCCAUCGCAUUCCCAGCAUUCGUUCCAUGGACCAGGGCAACCUUUUGGAUCGUCAUUCCCUACGGGCUGGUCGUCGUCCUCGAACUUGAGACCCUCGGUCACGGUAUGCCGCGGCGGGCCUCCCCCGGGUGCGCUCAUUGUCCGACCGGGUGAUUCUAGAAUAGGUGGAACAGUCUGCUUGAAGUGUAGCGGAAACGGCUGGCAAUACAUAAUGCUGAAAUUGGCUACCAAGACAUGCUCGGCGUGCGACGGGCUGGGCAGGCUGUUUUAG